AUGUUUGUUUUUUUAUGUUUAUUACAAUGUGCAAGUAGGAGCGCACUAUGCGCGGUGUCACGUGACCAAUGGCGACCGCGCGUCCUCGCUCCCCUCAAGAUGGCGUCCGAAGAAGACGCGACUUCACCAGGUCCCCUGUCUCCGUACGUGACGCUGGGCGCGGUGCGCUACACCGUCCGCCGCGCGCCGCCGCCUCGCGCCUGCCCGUGCCGCUGCUGCUCCGACGAGGCGGUGGCGGCGUGCCUCGCUCGCGCCAAGCCCGACCGCCGCACGCUGGAGCGCUUCCAGCGCCGCCUGGGCCGCGGGCGCGACGAGCGGCCCCGCUCUACCACCACGCGCCACCAGCGUCUGCGUGACUUCACCGAGCGGCUACUGCCUCGCGCGCAACCUCCAGCUCCGCCACCCCCGCCCCCACCACCACCGCCGCACUCCGCGCCAGUGCUACCUCCUGUGCCGCCGCCACGCUCCCGACAUCGACACAGUCCGACCCGUGGUGUAUCCGUAGAUCGUUUUGACGAUUUUGAUGCUGACAAAAUCACUUUAGUCCGCGUCGAGCCACGUUCUAUUGUAGGAUCUUACGCGCAAAAGACUAUUCCAUAUCGCAGUGCGUCCUUCUCGCAAGGCGACUUUGCUCAGGAGAAAUAUUAUCGCGAGAAACAGCCCUCGAUUUUUGAUUUCGGUCAACGCAAUAAAAGAAUAGAGGAGACUGAGUCCGCAUCAGGUCGAGAGGACACUACUAGUGUUACGGAAGAAAAUGUGACGGAAGGAGGAUCGGUAGCAUCGGUUGACUCUGCUGUUGGCUCAGACGAAGGACUCAUAGUGCAUGCGUCACCGGCGCCGCGUUCCACACCUCCCGAUGCGCUGCAUAAACAACUCGGUGCCCGUUCGCUAACGCACCCUCUACCGCGCCGCGUGCCUCCAGUGCGGGAGGAGGCAUCGACUGAUGCCGGAGGUAGCUUACCGGCGUUGAUGGCAACUCGUGUUUUACAUGAAUUACGUGAAGAAAGUGACGGUUCGCAGGCUGAUAGUGCGCAAGCGCAUAGUGAAGGGACAUCACCUCUAGAACCCGCCCAGCCCUUUGCGUUCCCUCCCCUUCCUGCUCCUCCCACGAAUGUGUGUGCUAACGUAGACUGUGAAUGUGCUAAUUAUCCUUCGCGCAAAGAAUCUGUUAGUGAACUCGACAGUUCGAUUCCGAUACCUGUGCCUGUAUAUGAGUGUAUAGUGAAACAGUGGUCAAAAGAGCAUCCAACGGAGGAUGCACAGCGCUCAGAUGGUGCGUCUGAUGGUUCUUUAGAUCGAGAUAAAGAAGAUGAGACAAUAACCAGUGAACAAGUUGCAUAUUUAUUAGCAGCUGUACAAAAUCCUUGCACAGCAGCGCCUAUUGGUACUAGAGAAAGACGUAGACCACUCGAUAAGACUAAGAGGAGAAAAGGCAUAUAUAUUACUACUGCAAGCGACGACGGUGGCGAAGAAGAACCCCCGGCCGCUUCUGUGAACGGAUGUAAACGUGAAAGUAGUGACGUUUCUCUUUCCGAUAUGCGAUUAUCAGCUGAAGCUAGAACAUCUUCGCUACUUGGAGAAAAAUCAGAUGACUCUUGUACAAAUGGUCCACCAAGUCCAAGCGAAACAUCAACACCUAUAUGGCCGAGAUCAGAGGAGUUAAGGGCUCGGCGUGCUAGAUUUUCUCAGCAAAGCUCUGAUGAGAGAGAUGAUGAGUCAUAUCGAGUAAGACGAAAAUAUGGUGUGGUUUCUCGUAGAGAUUCCCCAUCAGAGGCGGAAAGCGAUUCCUGCUCUCGCGAUAGAACCGCCUCACCAUCUCCUUUUAGUCCAUCAGAUACGUCGGACGUAGAAGCAAGGCGCCAACAAUUUAAUAGAGGACCUUUUGGUAAAAACUUAGAGGCUCCUUCUUGUAGAUCUGCUGAAGUUGGUCGCAGAAGCUUUUCAGACGCAACAGUACCUUGUAGAAAAAUUAGCGCUGGGGCGGUGUCCACUGGUAGUAACAGGUCUAAAGGACCUACACACGUGAGAGCCACAUCAUCGCCAUCCAAGUUAGCAGGCGUUAAGCCUGGCACGGACCUUUUGGCUGAACUUCUACGUGGCAGUUCUGAAGCACUAUCAAACUCCUCGACAUUCGACAACGUCAUCUUGACUCUACAUCAGCACAACUUUAAAGCAAUAAACUGUGAUACAAUAAUAACAGGUAUAUACACUAAG